AUGUCCACGCCUUUGCUUCCUUCUUUUCGUCGACAACAGCUUGUCUUGGACUUCUCCUCUCUCAGGCACAGCUGUCCUGCGGGCGUUUAUCUUUCUCUCACUCCAGGCAACCCUUCGCUUUGGGCGGGCGCGCUGUUUGUUCGCAAGGGCCCGUAUACCGGGGCAGUUCUCCGGUUCCAGAUCUCUUUUCCAGACACGUACCCCGACCUACCUCCGCGUGUGACCUUUUCAAGCGAUAUCUUCCACCCCUUGGUGGUCCCUUUGACGACCUACACCUUCACCGCCAAUGCUGGCGAUGCGUCAGGCACUGUGAGUGCCUCUGAUACGGACCGCCUUCCUCCCGGAGCAUUUAGCCUCCGCUAUGGAUUUCCGGGGUGGUUUCGACCUGGGAACGCAAACGUGGAAGUGAAUGAGGUUGGCGAUGUGAUAGAGCAAGAUCGAAUACGCCACGACUCGGCUGCAGAUGGCAGAAAUGAGCCUUCAGCUACUCGGUCUGAUCAUACCCACAGGGAUCGAAGAAGCAUAAUUUUAGGCGUGUUGCAGCACCUUCAAGAUGCGUUCCAGGAUGAAACUGUGCUCGACAAUGUGCCACUUGACGCCGCUGGCGAUCCGAGUGCGUGGCAUGCCUGGCGCGCCCACCGAGGUCUGGCGAAAAGAGACUUGCAUUCGGACAGUCCCGCUGCAGGAAAUCACAGAGAGGGACCCUCUUCACCCAAACAUCCCGGCGAGUGGAAGUGGGAUGGUGUCUGGGAGUCAAGGGUGAAUAACGGCAUUGACGCAAGUGUCAGUGAAGCCGUCUUGUUUGGCAGCAGUGGCGGCGGACGAAGUGGAAACGUUACUACCGACAUGCGAAACCUGGACCCCCAUCAGAGAAUGCUCGUCACCGCUGACCGACAAAUCCGCUUUGCAAAACUCGAUGAGGAACAGUUCGAAGCUGUCAAAGGUGCGCUCGCGACAUAUGAAUCGACCGUGAUAUCCUAA